ACGUGACGGGCGCUCCUGUCAUUCUGCGGCGGCCCGGCUUCCUUCUGCCUGUGCCGCCCUCAACGUCUCCUCGGUGGGGAAGGUCUUCACUUCCCAGCGCCCGGGUCUCCCGCCGCCGCUCGGGCCUCCGGACCGGGCAGGAGACGCCGACUUGGCUCUGACCAGGCGCCCCAGCCCGGCGGUGGCCCUGACGCCCCGGACCGCCGCAGCUCCCCGCCGCCUCUGGUGCGUUGUAGGGCCCCGAAGGUUCGCGAAGUCAGGCCGCUCUCCGCUUGUGUCGUCUUCGGCACCAGCCCGCGUGAGGCUACGCCUGCGGUUUCUCCAGCUUCCCUGAUCUGUUGAGUAACAUUCAGGACCCUAAAGUUUAGAUGACCAAAAUGGAUAUCCGGGGUGCAGUGGAUGCUGCUGUUCCAACCAACAUCAUUGCUGCCAAGGCUGCAGAAGUUCGUGCGAACAAAGUGAACUGGCAGUCCUAUCUUCAGGGGCAGAUGAUUUCUGCUGAGGAUUGUGAAUUCAUUCAAAGGUUUGAAAUGAAAAGAAGUCCUGAAGAGAAGCAAGAGAUGCUUCAAACUGAAGGCACUCAGUGUGCCAAAACAUUUAUAAAUCUGAUGACUCAUAUCUCCAAAGAACAGACAGUUCAGUAUAUACUAACUAUGGUUGAUGAUAUGUUGCAGGAAAAUCACCAGCGUGUUAGCAUUUUCUUUGACUAUGCUAAACGUAGCAAGAACACUGCCUGGUCCUACUUUCUGCCAAUGUUGAAUCGCCAGGAUCUCUUUACUGUUCAUAUGGCAGCAAGAAUUAUUGCCAAGUUAGCAGCUUGGGGAAAAGAAUUGAUGGAAGGCAGUGAUUUAAAUUACUAUUUCAAUUGGAUAAAAACUCAACUGAGUUCACAGAAACUGCGUGGUAGCGGUGUUGCUGUUGAAACAGGAACAGUCUCUUCAAGUGAUAGCUCUCAGUAUGUGCAGUGUGUUGCUGGGUGUCUGCAGCUGAUGCUUCGGGUCAAUGAGUACCGCUUUGCCUGGGUAGAAGCGGAUGGGGUAAACUGCAUAAUGGGAGUUUUGAGUAACAAGUGUGGCUUUCAACUCCAGUAUCAAAUGAUUUUUUCAAUAUGGCUCCUGGCAUUCAGUCCUCAAAUGUGUGAACACCUGCGGCGCUAUAAUAUCAUUCCCGUUCUGUCUGAUAUCCUUCAAGAAUCUGUCAAAGAGAAAGUGACAAGAAUCAUUCUUGCAGCAUUCCGUAACUUUUUAGAAAAAUCAACUGAAAGAGAAACUCGCCAAGAGUAUGCUCUGGCUAUGAUUCAGUGCAAAGUUCUGAAACAGUUGGAGAACUUGGAACAGCAGAAAUACGAUGAUGAAGAUAUCAGUGAAGAUAUAAAAUUUCUUUUGGAAAAACUUGGUGAGAGUGUCCAGGAUCUUAGCUCAUUUGAUGAAUACAGUUCAGAACUUAAAUCUGGAAGAUUGGAAUGGAGUCCUGUGCACAAAUCUGAGAAAUUUUGGAGAGAAAAUGCUGUGAGGUUAAAUGAGAAGAAUUAUGAGCUCUUGAAAAUUUUGACAAAACUUCUGGAGGUGUCAGAUGAUCCACAAGUCUUAGCUGUUGCUGCUCAUGAUGUUGGAGAAUAUGUGCGGCAUUAUCCACGAGGCAAACGGGUUAUUGAACAGCUUGGUGGGAAGCAGCUGGUGAUGAACCACAUGCACCACGAAGACCAGCAGGUUCGCUACAAUGCUCUUCUGGCUGUGCAGAAGCUCAUGGUGCACAACUGGGAAUAUCUUGGCAAACAGCUCCAAUCUGAGCAACCCCAGACUGCUGCUGCCCGGAGCUGAGCUGUGCUUGCUGCCCGCACCGCCGACCUUCCCUUCACCUGCUGCGGAACAGCUGGAGCGGGAAUCUCAGUAUUUGGGGUCAAGAACAAAUAAUUUUUCAUUUUACUUGUAAUUUUCUUCUGUUGUGUAGCUUUUCCCAAUGCUUUUUCCCUAUAAAAGUGUUACCCAUUACAUUGGAUAAAAGUAGGUGCUUUCUGUGUCUAAGGAAAAUGUUAGUUACAUGUACUGCUGGUGAUUUCUGUAUUUAUUGUUCUCUGCAAAUGGAUACAGUUAUUAAAGGAGUCUCACUCCAAAUAUG